AGUAUUCAGCGUAAAUAUACCGGCAACUAUACUCCAGUACCAGUAGCACCUCUGUUUCGUACAAGCUGAUGACAUUGAUACGGCCGAGGUGUGCAAGAACAAAUACGAACUUCAGUCAUCACCCUCCAAACAUUACAAAGCUAGAGACGGAAGUACAUACUACAACGGUUCGCCUUCUCAGAGUCCACACCCUCGGGCCUAACUAGAGCUGUAAUCUCCAAGCUGCAGAGAAGAGAGAAAAUGGAGUGUAUACGAGGAAUGGACGGAACUUACUAUGGUCAUAGUGUUAUAAAAAAUAUUUCACGGGUUAUUUAUCUAACAAACGGCAAUACGAUGGUUUAAAAGCUUUAUUAGUAAGAUGAGUAGAUUACUCAAAUUAUAGUGGGGUUGAAGAGGAGAGCAAAAUUUUUGCAUUAUGAGAGAGAGGACGUACAGCCGAUAAUAUGUAAUGCUCGAAAUAACCGACUAGUUCCAACAGGUAUUCGUUUAUGUUUUUUACUCCUUCAGGGUGUUGGAAAUAUUAGAAAGGAAGUUGUUAGAAAUAUAUACUUAAGUUUGUGACAAAGCAUUGAAGUUAUGAUAUAUUGUAGAUAUAAAGACAAAAAUAUUCAUAUUAAGGCGGUAUAUAUACUUUCUAUAUACACUUAAUUUUAUAUGUAUUUGUGUCUAUAUACACCUAUGUACAUAUAUAUUUUUGGAUUUAAGGGAAUUGGAAUACAAACAUACGUACCUUCCACAUUGGUAUCGAAAGCUUUUCUAAGUACAUAAGUACAAUUAUACGUGUACGCAUAUGUACAUGUAUACAAGCAUAUGUGCUUUCAUGCGCAUUGAGGCUAAAAAAGCAUUUUACGAGAGAGUAACUUGGUUAAGAAGCUCACUAGCAAAAUUGAAAUCGUAAAUUUCUCACUUUUCGGUAAAAGCUACAAAAAUAUCCACCCAUUAAAUAUGUACACAUUUUCACAAUUCGUUCAUCUUGAGUUUUCAUAGAGUUCAAAAGGUGCGAGCCAAUUUCAAUGCCUCAGAGCGCACCAUAGUUAGCGAGUGAACACACAGAAAGUCCAGCGAUGUGCUCUUCGUACGGUUAACACAGAACAAACGCUGAUAAUUCAUAUAAAAAACUUUAUACCUAUCGAAAUAAAAGUUUUAUUUAACUAUGCAUAAUUAUUUCGUUUUCUUACGUGGACAAAAUUGUAAAAAUUUAAAAUUUAUAUAGAUGUCAAAUACAAAAGGGAUUUAGCUCACGAAAGAUGGCCACUAUUUAUUAAUAACAAAACGAAAACGCGAAAACUAACUUAAAUAAAAAAGUAUACAAAAUUAAGAAUAAAUAUGUGUGUUGCUUAUUAUUCAUUUCUUUAAAUACUGAAAAUUUUAAAAGUGAAUUGGAAACAAUGCCUGUAAACUCCAUAAACAUAGGAGUACAUAGGACAGUAAAAUCAUUUCAAAUUGGGUAUAAAAAAUUUUCUAUACCCAGCAUGUAGAAAAAAAUCAAAUCACACUGUCACGGACUUGUACUUUAUAGUAUACUUCUAAAUAUGUAUAUAUUAUAACCGAAUACUGCGCGCGAGCGGGGGAAACGAUCAGUAUUGAACGACGAAAAUUAGCAAGGCAAUUGUAAAGCAAAUGUGUGUGUUGCAGAUAAGUUGGAAAAUUUGUUGUGAAAACUACGGAAUAAUUUUUGUGAAAUAAUUUUACGGCGAAUACGCGGCUCCAUAAUUUUUUAAUCUCUUUGAUAGGCAGAUUUAAAAUGGUUCAAUACUAAUAUGUAAUAAAAUACUAAAGAGUGGCAACGCAGAGGUACCAUACGAGUACUUUUAUAUGUACAUAUGGAUAUAGGUAUGCAUGUAUCCUAAAACCCAAAGCUAUAUGCAUAUUCAUAUAUGUACGUGAUUAAGGAAAACUUGAAACACUUGAAAUACUGUCAACAAUUGCAACACAAAAAGUCAAAGGUACCGGCCCAAAUGUCUGGAUGAAUAGUACAAAUGGAUGAAAAUGCCGCCGUCGCAGUCACAUUUGUUGUCGUCGCCGCCAUUUUUUCAUCACUUUUAUCGAGCACAAAAGGAGCAGUACAAAACACUAAGCCCAAAAAAUCAGUCAAUAAAGCAACAACUGCUGACACAAAGGUCGAAACUAAGAGCCAUCAACAGCAAGACAAUAGAGCACCAACUGGAAUUCAAAGCCGCUCAAAUAGUCAGAAUAAACGUAUUAGAUAUUCAGAAAUAUAUAAUAGCAGUAAUAGAAAAGAAGUUACCAAGGCCAUUGAAAGUAUCGGCAGUAGUUUCUGUGGUCAGCAAGAAGAAUUGCUUCCAAAAUUUUUAUUCUUCGUACAUUGGAUCAAUAAAAAGAUCAUUAAUCAGUGUGAAUUAUCCAAUUUGAUGUUGAGCAGUUGAGAGAAUUGUCUGCUGUUAUACUAAAAACAACAAAGAAGUAAAAAGGAUUAUAAGAGAUAGACUUAAAAAGUCCGUGUAAAAAAAAGCUGAAGAAAAACUGUUGAAAGACUACAAAAAACCUUUAAUUUUGCGUAUCUUCGUUAUAUUGGUCUGCUGCCAAUUGCGAUUCAGCGAUACGCCCCAUAAUUAAAAGUAUCCUUAUAGAAUGCGCAAAAUGGCGGAUGGUGGACAUACAUUUGUAAAGAAGACCUUUGGAAAGCCAACGUAUUGUCAUCAUUGUUCAGACUUGAUUUGGGGUAUUAUUCAGAUCGGUUAUAUAUGUGAAGUGUGUAAUUUCGUCAUACACGAUCGUUGUGUCUCAAAUGUUGUUACUCCAUGUUCUGGCAUUGCUCCAUGUAUUAUAAAGAAUCCCGUGGCGCAUUGCUGGUCUGAGCCAACUCAUCAUAAAAAGAAAUUCUGUACCGUUUGCCGCAGACGAUUAGAUGAUAGUCCAGCAGUACAUUGUUUAAUUUGCGAAUAUUUCGCACACAUUGAGUGCCAAGAUUUUGCUGUGCCUGAUUGUACUGAAAAUGCGACGUAUGUGCCCGGCAAAGAGUUGCAGAGUGUAAAACAUCAGCAUCAUUGGAGGGAAGGCAAUCUACCCCCCACGUCUAAGUGCGCCUACUGUAAAAAGACAUGUUGGUCAUCAGAAUGCCUCACAGGCUAUCGCUGCGAAUGGUGCGGUAUGACAACACAUGGGGGAUGCCGCACGUACCUGACAACCGAAUGUAAUUUUGGUGUACUUCAACCCAUCUAUUUACCUCCACAUUCGGUCUCGAUUCCGCGCACCGAGGUGCCCAUAGAAGCUAUUAUUGGCGUACAAGUUAAAUCGAAAACCACAUUAGUACGAGAUUACUCGUGCCUUGAUUUGGGGACAAUAGAGUGUCCAGAAAAUACUACUACCGUAAACUUCAUGACUCCCAAGGAAGGCUCUAUAGCAGAUGUUAUCAACGAUAUAAAUAAGGUCCCCGAACUAAGCUUAAAAGAGAUUCUGUUUAUCGAAAGACAACGUCGCGAGAUAUCAAAAAAAAAUUUUCUACUUUCAUCAUCCACAUCCAGCGUCACACCAACGCCAUCUUUACCUUUAGUUACACUCCCAGUUGUUAAUAAAACUGCUACCCAUUCUGAGCUCAAAGAAGAUGAACGAUGCAAGUCUAUCAACAUACCUCUAUAUUUAAGUGAAGAUAAUGAUGUAAAGACUGCCAGCAGAACACCACCGAAUGAAAAUUUGAUUUGCAAUAUACAAAAGUCUUCAUCUACAUCCUCUUCACUGCAUCUAUUAUAUACGAAUUUGUUGCGUCGCAUGCAGCCAAUCUCGCGAAAACAUUUGUCAUCCAAUACAGAAGAUGAAGAGGAGGCUAUAGAUGUCUGCGACGUAAAUGGUAGUGAAGCGAGUGAAGAUUAUCAUAACAUUAAAAUUAAACAGCUGGAUUCUAGAGAUCACAGAAUCGUAGCGAAAUCCUUACGACGACAAUGUCAAAGCCUCUAUGAAAUUUCUGAUACGGGAGGUGUUUUGACAACCGUGGACGACAGUGAUUUUGACUCUAACAUAAAUCAGUUUAGUAGUUUAAGCUAUAAUAGUGGUAAUAUUAAUACAUCGAUAGAAAGUCAUUAUAAAUUAGAUGAAAAACUGGAAAAUGCUCAAAACGUAAUAUUAACAGCAUGUGCACUCAAAGCGUGUCAAACAAUCAAAACACCUACACUAGUUACGCAGGCGCUAAUGACUCCAAGUGAUGGCAACAGCAACGCACAUGAAAAAUUUUCAAAGACUGCUGCUUUAUUAAAAGCGAAAAUGUACAACCUCAGCCCGUUUAAGGGUGUCCCUAACAAAGGCGGCUCUCUGAGUGGCUCGCCUAAUUCCAGCGAUUGCUCGUCCCAUUCACCUGUGCCAGAUAAUCCUUUAAAAAUAUAUCUUUCGGCAGUGAACCGUAGUAAAUCAUUCCAAGAGUCUGGAGUCAAACAGUAUACACGUAAAAAAGACUACACGCGACUUUUUCGACGUCGCUCAAAAAAACGUACUAAUGCUUCAAGGCCCAUAAGCACUAAAACAUCGAAGAAAUCCUUCAGUUUAGAUACCACAAGGCAAAGCAUAGAAAUUACCAUACAAGAUGAACAUGGCAAUUAUCAACCGUACGAUGAUGACUAUUUGACUUUAAAAGAUGGCCGCAGUGGACUUAGCCGUAGCGGCUAUACUGACGAUGAUAACGAUUUUGACGAUGGGUUCGAGCAAGACUUAAUACGGCACGUGAAAACAGAAUAUCAAACACCAACUUAUAGUAGUGAAGCCAGCAGUCCUACAAAUUUUCAUAUGUAUUUAGAUGAUCAGCCGCAUAGUUUUACGAGUGACGACGCCACAGCAGGCGAUAUAAGUGAUGGUGGUAGUAGUCGUAGUCGAUCACGUGUUAGUGACAAUGAAGAACACGUAUUCGGACGGUUGCUGCGACGAAUGCAGUGCCUAUCGCUUGGGUGGCGGAAACAUCGUUACUACAAACGCAGAGCACGAAGUAUAUCUGAAGAGUUUAGUAGUGGCGACACCCCACGCUUCAAAGAUGAAGAACUGGUUAUUAAAACUGAUACAAUGCACGCUAGUGCCGUUAGUGGCGGAAGUGGUACGUCAUCACACUACCGCCCAGAAUCCUCACACAAAUCGGAUAAAUCCGACAAGGAUAAAACCAAAAAGGAAAAAGAAAGCGAGGAAAAGGACAUUGAAAUGAUCAAAGUUUUCGACGGUAAUAACUCAUUUAGACGGCAAUUAUAUCGGGUAAUUAGUGUACCACGAACGUAUACUUUAGAACAAUUACUAACUACAGCAUUACGCGCAUUCCAUAUAACUAGAGAACCCAGCGCAUUUUACAUGACUGACUUGUAUGCCCCUUCUGGUAUGGAGGACGUUCCAUUGCAGGAUCCAACGCCCGUAAUGAAUUUGACGCAUUUGGAAGGAAAGAGACCAGCAAUAUAUCUAAGGUUUCACGAUAAGGACAAAGGAUAUGUACGCGUUUAUCCGGGUAAACUGCAAUGCUCUCUAGAAGAGCCGUUUGUCAAUGUUCCUGUUGAAAAUACAACCAUUAUUAAGGAUUUGAUUCGCGAUGCUUUGGAUAAAUUUGGGUUACAAGAUAACCAAAUCCAAGAUUACAGGUGUUCAGAGGUAUUACUAGACCGUGGGGUUACCGAAAGGAUAUUAUCAUGGAAUGAGCGUCCAUGGGAUAUAAUGAAGCAAUUGGGCAAGGAUUCCAUCAGACAAAUGGAACUGAUGCGAUUUUAUAUGCAGCAUAAGCAAGAUCCGCAUGGACCAAAUAUAGCGCUAUUCGUUGGAAAUUUACCACCAGGCUUAUCGCAACGCAACUACGAACAGAUUUUGAAUAAGUAUGUUACAGAUGAAAAUAAAUUUACUAGUAUUGGACCUAUCUACUAUGAAUAUGGCUCAGUGGUACUAUCAUUCGAAGACGCUCAAAAGGCGGUUCGAGCUUUCUAUAACUUACGUGAAACUAUUAUAGAAGAUAAGAAGCUUUUAGUAAUGCUCUUGCCAAAUAUAGAACCGAGCAUGGUACCACCAGAUGUACGACCGCUACUUGUAUUUGUUAAUGUUAAAUCAGGCGGUUGUCAAGGCCUUGAACUAAUAUCAAGUUUUAGGAAGCUUUUGAACCCUUAUCAGGUAUUCGACUUGGAUAACGGAGGGCCAUUGCCGGGAUUGUACGUAUUUCGGCAAAUUGUCAACUACAAAAUACUGGUAUGUGGCGGAGAUGGCACUAUCGGGUGGGUAUUACAAUGCUUGGACAACGUGGGACAGGAUUCAGAAUGCUCGAGUCCACCUUGUGCCAUAGUUCCUUUGGGCACCGGAAAUGAUUUGGCGCGAGUACUCUGUUGGGGUUCUGGAUAUACAGGAGGCGAAGAUCCUCUAAAUUUACUCCGUGACGUUAUCGAAGCUGAAGAGAUACGCCUGGAUCGUUGGACGGUUGUAUUUCAUCCGGAAGACAAGCCGGAAGAGUCUGCAUUAAAGGCGCCCUCAAAUACAACGGGUAAGAAGAAGAAGGCUCACCAAGCACAUCUUUCGCAACAAACAAAUCAGCACCAUCAAUUACCGGCCAUAACAUCGACUGAAAUAUCAGGUGGCGGCGCCCAAAAUGAAGACAACUCACAAAUAUUCGUUAUGAAUAAUUAUUUCGGCAUUGGCAUUGAUGCCGAUCUUUGUCUCGAUUUCCAUAAUGCACGCGAAGAGAAUCCGAACAAAUUUAAUUCUCGACUACACAAUAAAGGUUAUUACGUUAAGAUGGGUUUGCGAAAAAUUGUUGGUCGUAAAACCGUUAAAGAUCUUCAUAAAGAAUUAAAAUUGGAAGUUGAUGGCAAAGUCGUUGAUUUGCCACCUGUUGAAGGCAUUAUUAUAUUGAAUAUUUUGAGCUGGGGUAGCGGCGCAAACCCCUGGGGACCAGAUAAGGAUGAUAACUUUUCUACACCCAAUCAUUACGAUGGAGUGUUGGAAAUUGUUGGUGUUACAGGUGUUGUACAUUUGGGGCAAAUACAAUCCGGUAUACGGACGGCAAUGAGAAUCGCACAGGGAGGUCAUAUAAAAAUUCAUUUAUACUCGGAUAUGCCAGUACAAGUCGAUGGAGAGCCUUGGGUGCAAAGCCCUGGCGAUGUUGUUGUUUUAAAGUCUGCUCUAAAAGCUACAAUGCUGAAAAAAAGUAGAGGUAAACGACGCCUUACUGAGCCACAUAUUUCCCCAGCCGUACUAGCCAGUAGUUUAUCAGCGUCAGCAACGGCAUCUACUGCAGCAUCACAAGCUACAAUUCAAAUAAAUUCCACUGGAAGCAGUGGUAGCGGACUCGGACAAGGACCAGAAAAUGGCGAUCGCGACCGCGCAACUCCAAUUGGCACAUAGAGAUCGCGCCCGUCCGGUCCAAGUUUUUUAUUUUCUUGUUUUCUUUGAUUAUUAAUAUACACAAAGCUAUUUGACAACAAGAAAAAUAACAAUAAACAAAUUAACUAACGAAAACAAAAUAAAGAUAUAUUAUAAAUUAAAACAUCACUGUUACAAAUAGUUCACAGGACGACCUACAAUGCGUUUUAAAAUAAUUGCAUUUCAAAUAUAAAUAAUUUUAUUUAUUUAAUAAUAAGCAUUUUAUUAAUUAGAUUAACGAAUUGUUUCACAGUAAAAUUUACCAAAUUUAAAUAAUCUAUAUAUGAUACUUAUGCAAAUAACUGUCUGUGUACACCUGACUUGUAGCAAACAGAACAAAGAUUGGUAAUAGGAUUUUGAAAAUUGCAACAUUUUUUUUCAACAAUAAAAUCUUUACGAGCGAGUGCAGAUUCUCAUUAUCUUUUCUUUUAGUUAUACUUGUGUAGCUUUACCGAUGGCGUUUCAAAAAAAUUAUGCUCUGUCUAGCUAAUACACUAAAAUUAAAUAUUUAAGCUUUUUCCUUUUCACUAACACCUUUACAUUUCCAUUAUUAUAUUUUAUGUAUAUAAUUCCAAUAGUUUCACUGAAGAUUUGCAUACAAACAUAGAUUAUAUAUACAUAAUAUACAUGAAAGAAAAGAUAAUUAUCGUUGACAAGUAUUUCGUUACUUCAAUAUUUCUGAUCAAGAAUUGAUUUUUGUAUGCACGUAUAUACUACAUCAAUUUCAACACGAUUUAAUACGUAGUAGCGUAAUAAAAAAGUAAUUUUGGCACUAGUUAUUAUUUCUUCAAAAGUUGCUAUUGUAGUAGCUAAAUAAGGUUCUAUUGCACUUCCGUAUAUAUAUUUUAUUACGAUGAGCCGACCUCGACCUUGUCGAAUGAAAUCUUCUUACAAAAUUCCCCACCCACUAGCAAAUAAUAUUUACUGUUUAAUUCGUUCAUCUUAUCUUAUAAAUUUAUAAAAAGAAGUCAUUAUAUAAACUGUUUGACAUCAUUACACAUUCAUGCAUACCUGUACGUAGUAUGUUUGGUAUUAGAAUUAGAGUUACUCUCAUUUUAUUAGAUUUAUGUAUAUACUUGAUAGAUUUUCGUUAUCAAUAAUUAUGAUACUUUUAUAACGUUUUUAUUAAUGAUUAACAAUGGUUAUUAUUUAUAAAUACUCGUAUCUGCUUGUUUGUUAAAUACAUCGGUUUUGGAUUUGAUAGUUGUAUUUCUUCUUUUAUAUCAAAAAUGGAAUAUAAUCAAGUAUUAAUGUAUUCAUUUGUAUGUAAAGUGCUUGGUUAAUAAUGUUGCAUACUUUCGUUAUCCUCACUAUUCUUUAAUAAUUAUAUCACAAUUAUUUCCUCUAUCAAACAAAUCAUAAAUACAUAUUUACUAUACAAAAGCUCCUCAAAAUUGUUUAAUCACUUUUUAUAUUGUUUGUUUUUCUUUAAUAAUAUCUCCUCAUAUGUUUGGAAAUUAAUCACAUAAUUGACACAAUAUAAAAAAAAACGUUAAAAAUCUAUCGGGUAUCAAUAAAAACAAAACAAAUAAAAUCGUUUAACAUUAUCUAACCUCUUCACCGGCCCCAAAAACUUCAUAUUACUUGUAAUAAAAAUAAACCGGACGGAAUUUUAUGGAAUUAUUGGGAAUUUCAAUAAUAACCGGAAUCAAUCCAAAUUAAUAUAUUUAAAAUUAUAACCUUUAUAAAAAACACUACAACUAAUAUCACGUAAAUGAACACCGCUUAUGCAUAAGGCCACUAUGUUAAAGAAAAACAAAAGUAAAAUGAAGCGACGCAACACAGAGCCAACAAUGACACUUACCGGUACAGCAACACCCCAUCUCUCACUAAUGCCAGUAACCGUAUUGGCGGCGGCCAGCGACAGUAGUACCGGCGAUACAGAUGCUGAGAAUACACCGAACAAUACCGAUUUCUGAAUAUGGUACAGUGAGCGAUUAAUUUAACGUACUAACUAAUGUGAGUUUUUUUGGAAAAUAUUCAAAUGUGCUUAAAAAGUAUAUUAAUAUAUAUAACUUAUUUGGAUUUAAUAAAAUAUUCAACGCAUAAUAAGGACAAACAUUCCGAAUAUAAAAUUUAUGCUCUUUGUACUUCCAUAUUAAUUACAUUAAACAAAUUUUUUUGUUCGUUUACUGACUUAGAAAAAUAUAUGUACUCUACCUUAAAACGAAAUAGUUUUUAGCCGGAAUUAUUAAAUUAAAAAGAUAUGUAUAUGAACAAAAGCUCACAUACCUCCUACACCUUAGUUAAGUUACAUAUAUACACAUAUGAUCUUUUAUAAAAGAUACCUGUAAGAACCGUAACCGAAAGUUACUGAUUUGUAAACCAUGCAUAUAUGUAUGUACCCAGAUAAUAUCAUACGUACAUAUGUGCCACGGGUAUGUGAUAAUGUACUUGUACUUGAGCCUAUAUGGUAAAACAAUGCCCAAGUAAGCACUCCACUUUUUUGAAGUACAAAGUGGUUAUUUUAAAGCAUCAUAUUAAAAGGAUAACAAAUCCGUUGGAAAUCUUUAUAAUAUGAUUAAUAGUACGUUAAACGGAAGUCGCUCUCUGAUUUGCAAUUUAUCUUACUUGCUUAGAAUAUUAUAAAGAGCCACUAGCUUCUACUAUAUUGUGUAAAGUAUUGAAAGAAUUAGAAACAUAUUUUAUUUUUCAUUAAAAAGUGAAUGCACAACAUUUAUAAUACGAAAAAUCUUAUGUCAGCAUGAUAUCACCAAGAAAAAUGUAGUAAAAGUCCAUAACACAUCAAUACACUUACACACAUAUGAGCACAAUGAGAAAAAGCAAAUUUAUUUAAUGGCUGAAUUAGCUGCAUUAAACAUUGGAAUUAUUUAUGUGCAUGUGCUUUUUCGCACACAUAACAUAUACAUACAUAUGUAUGUAUGUAGUUGGAUUUGAUUUACGCAGUUUACACAAGACAUUUACCUACUUCAUAAACGAUAUUUUAGAAAUUUGUAAAUAUCAACCACUAAAUGAUGGGCUUUACUCCAGUCAGACGCAUAUAACAAACAUUUACAAGUAUUUUAUCUAUAUUCCUAUAUAGGAAUUUUUUGAAUACAUUCAUAUGUAUAUGCAAAUUUUCACAUUGUUUUUUUUUUUUGGUGAUACAUAUAGACGUUGUUUCAUAUUUUUUUAUAUAGAGUUAAAGCAGCUCAUAUUCACGUGAAAUGAAAACAACCCAGAUAAAUAAAUUCCAAAAUUUUGUUGCCUGAGAGUCACGGAACUCAGUCAACAUCAUUUCAGCAUCCAAAUUCACACUCCUAAAAAAUAAUACGCAUAUGCAUAUAACAAGUUUAUUAUUAAAAGCUACAUAAACAUUAAUGUACACUAAACAUCUGAGAGCAAAUGUUAAAAAAGUAGAUAUGUAUAUUUAUAUAGUAGGAAAUAAGCAGACAUUGUGAUAAAUCGCCUCCACCUGUUAUGAUUAGGGGCUCAGUAAAUGUGGUGUAAUCAGACGCUUAUUGAAAUUCCGUGAACAUUGGUCACAACACACUACAGACAAAGUCGAUGUUUCAAUAUUUCUUGCAAUUUUAACGAAUAACAAAAAACAUAUGCAAUGGAAUUAUUUUAUAUUAUUAAUAUUACGAACAACGCGCACUAAUAAAUUGGUCAACAAGUGAAAAUUGCGAGAUAUGUUGAUAAGUGUAUUAUAACCAACAAUUCGAUUAACCGCAUUCACAAAAAAUCUGCAGCUGUUUGGCGAUUUUAACACAAACAUUUAAUUAAUCGCAUUUUUUUUUUUAACCUAAUGCGUAGUCUAAAUGAAAGAUAAAAAAACACCUCUACUUUAAGAAAUUCAAAAGGAAACAGAAAUAAGUAACAGUUGAAUAAAUACUUACAAAAUAUGCAAAUAUUUAAAGAAAUCCAAAACAUAAAUACCAACAAAAUUUCUCCUACUUACUAAAACGAAAGCUUAAAAAUUAAAAAUUGGUGUAGUGUGUAGUAUUAAGACAUAUAACCAAUUAUGGAAGAACACAUUAUUAACUUAAAAUCAUAAAUUGACAAACGGAAAAUCUAUUUGUAUAUACAUACAUAUGAAUGAUUAUUACAUAUUAUUUGAAAUUGAUAAAAAUAUUCACGCCGUUACACAAUAAAAAAUUUUCGCUUUUUUAUUUCUCAUAAAGUAUUUCCCAAAAAUGCAUUAUUUUAAUUACUUUCAAAUUAGCUAACCAAAACCAGCUUGGAAUAAACAUGCAAAUGUUUAUAGUUGUUAGAAUGUACAUAUGUAUGUACAUACACUAUGUUUGAAAGUGUUUGCUGUCAAAGAGUUCAUUGUCACAUAUGUACAUAUGUACUUGUGUACAUGCACCAUGUUUAUUUUUAAUACUUAUAGUAUGUUGGAUGACAAGAAAAUAAUAUGAUUAUGAACACAGGUAUAUACAAUGCUGCAUACGUAUCUAUGUAUUAAUGGAUACUUACCCAAUAUAUGAGAAUGUCACAACUCAUUAAAUGCGAAAACAUCAACUUUAUUUACCGAACAAAUAAAUCUUAUUUGAGGUACUAUAUCAUUAAACUAUCAGACCAGUUAUUAACAAAUGUAUUAUGGAAUGCAUGAAGAUAUUGCUAAAAUAAAAAGUAUUUGCUUAGAUAUUGUGCCAUAAUGAGUUUUAUAUAAGUUAUUUUGUCAAAAUGUUUUACAAUUGAUCACAAACUUUUACUACAAUAAUUACAACCACAUAGACAUUUAACGAACAUGUAUUCUCUAAUUAAUUGCAUAAAAUGCAUAUAUGAGUAUCUCAAGAACUUAAACAUGCAUACGUACAUACCUAUGUAAAACAUAUUUACUUAUGUGUAAAGCAACAUUGAUGGAACUUGAAACACCAUAAAAAUACUAAAUGACAUCCUACAAGUUAUAGAAAGAUGCGAAUUUGCAAAUAGAAAAAACAUAAAAUCAUAAAACUAACAUACAAAAAUAAAUGUAACUAAUAACACAACAAAUAAAGCUUAAUGGAAUUUCAGUCGGGUAUAUAAA